CGAUCGGCGCCACUUCCACCGCUGCCGCCGCCGCCGCCGCCGUCGCCGCGUUAUCCGUGCGCGCGCGUGUACCAUAUUCUCUCGUCAGGGUAUAACAAAUGCCUGCCAGAAAAGGAUUAUUGGCGCCUCAGAAUACAUUUCUGGAUACAAUCGCGACACGGUUCGAUGGCACACAUAGUAAUUUCGUGCUCGGAAAUGCUCAAGUGCCAUCACUGUAUCCGAUAGUGUACUGUUCAGACGGAUUCUGCGAACUCACUGGGUUUGCGCGGGCGCAAAUUAUGCAGAAAGGCUGCGCCUGUAAGUUUCUUUUUGGUCCGGAUACUAGUGAUGACCAUGUUUCACAGAUUGAAAAGGCAUUGGAAUGCAAAGCUGAACUAAAACUGGAAUUGAUUUUCUACAAAAAAAAUGGAUCUCCGUUCUGGUGUUUGCUGGACAUUGUGCCGAUCAAAAAUGAAAAACGAGAAGUGGUGUUGUUCCUGGCUUCGCAUAAAGACAUCACGCACACGAAAAUGGCAGAAAUGCACGUGGGCAUGGACUACGAUCCAGAGGAAGCCGAACCCGAAGAACCUGAACCCGCAAGUAACGCGUACGGACGACGGAGAAGCAGAGCCGUCCUUUACCAAUUAUCUGGCCAUUAUAAGAGUGAUAAACCAAAAGCUGGCAAGCUGAAACUGAACAACACAUUGUUGCAGGGCUCAUCUGCACCGCUACCGGAAUACAAAACGUCAGCCCUGAAAAAAUCCCGAUGGGUAUUAUCGCACUAUGGGGUGUUCAAAACUUGCUGGGAUUGGCUGAUACUGAUAGCCACGUUCUACGUUGCAAUCGUUGUACCAUACAACGCCAGUUUCGUCAACACGGACAAACCGUCCAUGGUCAGUGACGUGGUCGUCGAGUCGCUUUUUAUAGUCGAUAUUCUGUUCAAUUUCCGAACGACGUUCGUCAACAAAAAAGGCGAAGUAGUGUCUGAUUCCAAAACGAUCGCUUUCAAUUACUUGAAGAGCUGGUUCGUGGUAGAUUUAUUCGCUGCUCUGCCUUUCGACCUGUUGUACGCAUCGGACGUUUACAGCGGAGACGAAGCUGGUUCAGGACAGGUUCAUUUAUUAAAGCUGACCAGACUGCUGAGGUUAGCGAGACUGUUGCAAAAGAUCGAUAGGUAUUCGCAAUACGGUGGUAUGAUUCUCACACUGUUGAUGCUCCUAUUUACAUUAGUUGCACAUUGGUUUGCGUGCAUAUGGUAUGUGAUCGCAGAAAGCGAACGCCACGAAAAAGGAAGAGAUUGGGAUCUAGGAUGGAUGAACACACUCGCAGAACGUCUUCAUAAGGACGUGGACAAUGUGACACAUUCAGAGGCGUACAUAACUUCGUUAUAUUUCACGUGUUCUAGUCUAACGAGCGUCGGAUUCGGUAACGUUUCGGCCACUACUGGUGCCGAGAAAAUAUUCAGUAUUAUCACAAUGUUGAUUGGAGCCUUGAUGCACGCGGUGGUAUUCGGUAAUGUGACGGCCAUCAUCCAGCGUAUGUACUCCCGACGAUCACUGUACCAGAGCAAGUGGCGGGAUCUCAAAGACUUCUUAACGCUACACCAGGUGCCUAGCGAGUUAAAGCACAGAAUGCAGGACUAUUUUCAGACAAUGUGGUCGCUAAACCAUGGUAUCGACAUACAUGAGACGCUAAAAGAAUUUCCAGAGGAGCUCAGAGGCGAUGUUUCCAUGCACUUGCAUAGAGAGAUACUGCAACUGCCCAUUUUCGAGUCCGCUUCACAGGGCUGUCUGAAACUGUUAUCGUUGCACAUCCGGAGCAAUUUUUGCGCUCCGGGUGAAUAUCUCAUCCACAAAGGUGAUGCUCUCACAUCUAUCUAUUAUCUAUGUAAUGGAUCCAUGGAAGUCGUACAGAAUGGCAUGGUCGUCGCCAUUUUAGGCAAAGGUGAUUUAGUUGGAUGCGAUAUUAGUAUGUGGCUAGGCCAAGGCAGUGGUUCGGGUAAUUCAGGCGUUGUCGCUGGUGGUGGGACCACUGGUGGUGGCGCAGGAGGUGACACGGUGGUCAAGUCUAGUUGCGAUGUCAAAGCUCUAACUUAUUGCGACCUGAAGUGCAUUAAUGUGCUGGGUUUGGUAGAAGUUUUGCGGCUUUACCCAGAGUACCAACAGGAGUUUGCAAACGACAUACAACAUGACUUGACGUACAACAUACGUGAAGGAUACGAGGCCGAAGAGAUCGAUCAAAAUGGUAUAACGACGUUAACGUUACCAUCAAUAAGCGAAGACGACGAAAACUUGCAAGAAGAAUGUGACGGAUCUCCAAAAUCACCACCUUCUAGAUCACCAUUGCACUCCAGUUAUAGCCCAAGUAGACAUAACCUCAAUAAACUAUCUCAAAACAGAUCAAGAACGCUGCCUCGAAGUGAUAUCGAACACAGAAAAGUCAAUGUUGACAGGCUGGACACACAAGUUACUUCACUUCAUUAUCACGUUGCGACUUUAAGCCAAGAGGUGAAAAACGCCAUACAAGCGCUGCAGGAGCUGGCGACGACCAGUUCGAGCGUGCGGUAUCCGUACCCGUUGCCGGCCAGGUCGAACCCGGACCUGCCGGAGAACGUGAAACGGCCGCAGACGGCGCUGCUUCAGCGGAGCUCGUCGCACCCGCCCGAAGUGUUCGGCUGGGACGGGACCGUGUACGACAGCCCGGCGCAUCAGUCGCACCACCAGUACGGCCUGCACCACCUGCACCACCAACACCACCUGCAGCACCACCAGCAGCAGCAACACUACCACCACCACCACCACCACCAACCGCACCACCACCCGUACCAGCAGUCGAACCAGCAGCAGUGCGUGCCGUAUCAGCACCACUCCAGCGGCGGCACCAUUUUCGCGCACUCGUCGUCGUCGCCGCAGCCGCACCAACAGCAACUGCAGCAGCCACGCUACUACCACAGGUCGUCGGUGGCCAGCACGGCAGACGUGGCCGUGCAGACGGACGUUUCGGGCGUGGACGUGUUCGAGCGGUUCGUCAAAGCGCACCGGUCACUCGUGCUCGAGUGGCUCAACGAGAGCGACCACGUGGCCGUCACGGUGUACGACGACGAUGCCGCGGACGGCGACGGCGGCGACGGCAUCGGGAGACGACGGGACGAACGGUCUCCGUCUUCGUCGUCUUCCGCGGCGUCUUCGUGCUCGUCGCCGCCGCGGCAAGAGCGCGACGCUCUCGUGGUCGCCACUGCCCCGGUCGCCGCGGCCGACGACACUCCCGCGACGGCCGCCGACAAUCCCCCGGCCGGUCGGGACGACUCGCGCGAGUGGUACACCGUGGCCAGCCCAUUGGUCGCCGGUGUCAGCGAGGACAGCGGCGGCGGCGGCGACAGCGGAGGCGGUGACGAGGACGACGGCGGCAGUGGCCACGAGUCCAUCGAGAUGACGGACAUGACACCCGGUGCUACCGCGACCAACGCUUCCGGUCCCAUCACGAGCCCCAAGUUCCAUCCUCUAGUUCACGAAAACGAAGAAAAUGAUGAUGACGAAAACCUCAUCCCUGAUGGAAAUGACUCUAGUAAUGGUGAUACCAUGUAA